CAAGUCGGGAAUUUAAUAUAUAAUGGUCAUAAACUGAAACAAAACGAAUACUCCUAAGAUAUUCCACAACCUAAGCAUUGUGUGUCAGAUCUUUUCUCCAUAUUUUCUCAGACCUUCGAAGUCACCUCCAUCACCAUAGCAACGUAAACAAUAAUAUGGAGGACAUCUGUCGAGUCAAAAUGCUUCCUUUGUCACAUAUGUUAUUCGUUUCUGGUUUGAAGCUGACUAUCCUGAGAUUUGGAUAAAUUUUGCCAGUUGUGUUCGUACUUUUCAGCGUCACUUCUGGCAUUACUGAAUCUUUCUCAUGAUACUACUACGACUACAUUUUAUUUUACUGCUUAUGUGAUUUACUACAUGACACUUGGAGAUGCCUAUUCACGUCUCUGACUAUAUCUGGCACCAGACAGAUGGCAAAAUUUUGCUUUCCUUGGAUCUUCAUCACACAAGUCCGAAGAAUGUGGACAUUGUUACAACCAAUUCAUAUCUCAAGGUGAGUUUUUUACCCUAUAUCUUUGAAGCUUUCUUAUGUCACAUGAUCAAUGUGGAUCGAAGUACAGCCAGGAUAACCAAUGGGCGUUUAGAGUUUGAUUUGGCUAAGGAAACAGAUGUCCUCUGGAGCAAUCUGUGCUUGAAAUUAAGCCAAGAGGAAAUGCAACAAAGAAGAGAAGAAGUACACAAAGAUGUUGAGAUGCAAGAGGGUAUAAAGCUGAAGAAAAAGAAAGAAGGGAAAAUAGCGAGAGAAAGGUUUGCUGUGAGCCAGCAAAUCUUGGAAGAUGAUAGAGAGAAACAGGAGUGCAAGAAGAAAAUAGAAGAGGAAAAAGCAAAAUUCAUGAAGCAAGCUUUUAAUGGGAAGAGUGCAAGCAAUGAUUCUACAAGUAGCAAGGAUAGUGAAAGUAUUCGGAGUCGUUUGAGUAGCACUUGCUCUGAGGAUGGUGUUGUUAUUGCUUCAGAGGGUGAUUAUGAUGGAGAUGGUGAAGAUAGCCAUUACUAUUCAUCCACAGAAAACCUUCUAAAGAUUGGUAAAAGUAAACCAGAAAGAGUUGAAAGUGCUAAAAAGCAACACCGCAAAUGCGCUUCAGGCCGAAAGAGUAACUGUAAAGAGGGGAAAAAGGGCUUCGAUAGAGAGAUACGCAAGGAUGAGAAGAAAAGAGGAUUGCUUCCUCCUAUUCGUCAGAAUGGAAUAAUCAGAGUGAAUUACACCAAACGUGUAUUUCCUACACCAAGUAGGGAGUCGAGGAAAGAAGAAGAGGAUGAGUGGUUGGCAUCUCAUUCAACAGUUAAAGUUGAUGAAGCAAAGAUUGAAAAUGUUACGCCACAUUCUUUGGAGUUUUAUAAGAAAAAAGCUGCAGCAUUGUUUGAAAAUGGCGAUUAUAGAGGGUGCAUCAAUGCCUAUACUGAAGCAAUCAACUCAACUCCAAAUGUGGCUUCAUUAUACAGCAACAGAGCGGCUGCAAGUUUGGCGCUCAAUAAUUUGCACCAUGCCAUCAAUGACUGUUCAAAGGCAUUGGAACUGCUAACACCUCCAACAGCUGACAACAGCAAAUCUAGACUUUUAUGCCAUAUUCGUCGAGGGACUGCAUUUGUUGGCCUGGGACUGUACUCGGAAGGCCUGUUGGAUUACAGAGCAGCCCACAAGUUAAAUCCAGAUGAUGAGAGUCUCCGGAAGGAUGAGCAGAGAAUUCAAGCCAUUAUGAUGGCAUCCACUGAUUCUGAUAACUGCACCAGAGACUGUGAGGGCUAUGGAACAAUUGCUGCAGGAUUGCAUUAAGGUACUGUAAGUAUGCACUGUCUACAAGGAGCAAUCCUGUAAAAUGUUUAGUAAGCAUUUGUGAUAUAAUGAAAGCAGUGUACUCUAUAUAGUUUAAGUAAAUACAUAUAAGAUCAUACUUGGCAAAAAAUAUGAUUACUCACAAAUGAAUAAUUAUUAUAGAAUACAGCAAUAUUUUGUAGAAACAUACAAUGACGAGUGGAGUGAAAAAGUGUAUUUGGGACAGUGUAAAAGAUACUACUGCUGUUGAGAUUGCUGGUGCUGAGGCUUGCAAGUUAAAUUUCUUGGAGAAAAAAAAGUAUGCCUCAAGUGCAUGAAAAAAUAAAGCCAAUAAAGGUGUUGCUUGGUUGUACCAACAGUGAUUGUAAGUACAUUUAUGUUUAAAAGCCAGAGUUCCUUACAGUGAUACAGGACAGUUCCUGUUAUUUUCAUGUGAGAACUAAAUGAAUUAGCUUAGUGAUCUGGUUAACCUACUUAAUGAUAAUUUAUCUUAUGGAUUUCAGUGUAUGCAAGUCAUUAUUUCCUGUUCACUGUCCAAGAGUUUAAGCCUUCAUAGUUUUAUUGUCAUUCACAAUGAAUGUAAGGUAGGAUUAAUCUUUGUUAUAUAAAGAUGUGAUGAUCACAUUGACAGGGGUAAUAGAAAUGUAUAUAGUUUCCAUAGACAUCAAUUUUGUGACUUUUUAAAAGUCUAACAAAUUUAAUUUCACAGUGAAGGUGUACCUUAGAAAUGCCGUAUCUCAAAUGAAAUUAUGCAUUUAUAAUCGUGAACAGAGUCCAUCGUAUGUUAAUUUCUAUUUGAUAUUUACAGCUUUCAAUAAAACUAGAGAUGUGCAUUUUCCUCUUCUUGUCACCAUUAUUAAUUUAUGAUAGCGUACAUGGUGUACAUCAAUAUAUUUUGAAAGUUCAGUAAUUGCUGUUCAGUUUGUCAGGGUGAAAGAAAUUAAUUUAAUUUAUUGUCCUGAGUAAGUGAAAAACGUGACAGCUGCUCAAAAUGAUAUACCUGUUAUUAGAGAAUUUAUUCUUUUCUGUAAUUCUGUUUUACAAAUAGAUGGAAAGGGAAGAAUUUUGUAUUAAAAUGUUAACUGACUUCUACAUUAGCAUGGAACAUUUGUAUUUUUUAUAUAGUGAAGAGUUAUCACAUUGGUAUAUAAAAGUUGUGGUCACAGUGAAGGAUAGAAAUGUGAAUCUCCCUACUGCUACUUUUAAGAUUGAAAUGUGUCAUUGGUAUAACUGGUAUUUUGUAACUGAAAUGUGUUCAUUGGUGAGUUUGUUUUUUACUAAAUCCAUUUUCAUUGUGGAUCCUUGUGUGUGUGUUGGCCAAUAACUUCACCUUUUUUGAGCAUGCAGUGAUGUAAACAGCUGUGUAGCUUGUUCCCCAGCUGUUUGCUGUGACAAAGAUUGUUGUAAAUAAUCCAUUUCUCAUUAUUUCAUAGUAAUCAUCAUUCCUUACAGCAUGUUUUCAUCUUGGUGUGCUUUCAGUGACUGAUAAAAAAGUGAAUUCUGCAUUUAGUAGGUACUCUGCAAUUGCUGCUCUCAUCUUCUACAUUGCUUUUUUUCAUCAGACAGAAAAUCCAGCUUUUUGUAGCGUUGUAUUAUUUCAGUCAGUGAGUGCUGUGUUUUGUAUAUAUAUGUACAGCAGAACUUUGGUCCUCGACCAUAUCAGAAGUCGACGUAAUCUCGAUGCGAAAUGUUGAGUUUACAUCGGAGCUUGAACAAAAAACCUGAAUCAACCCAAUAAUCCAUAUGAUUUUUUGUAAACAAAAGUGUUUCAGUCAGUUAGCGCUAGUUGGCAUUGUGUCGUUUAAACUCUGCUAAACUCUGCGUCGAGUGUUUUGGUCCAGCAUAUGUUUGUACAGGUAUUUCCUUAGUUUCUGUGGCUUUUUGUACUGUUAUUUUGAUUAAAUCAUGGGUCCCAAGAAAUCUGUUGCUGACAAGCAGAAGAGGAACACAGUAUGGUUUGAUUAUAUUCAUUCAUGGCAAAUGGCUGAAAGGCAAACUGCUGACACAUCGUAAGUAAUUUUUCAUAAUUUUGUUAUAAAGGACAUAAUUCGCAUUAUUUUUAAUAUUCUAUAAAUUUACUAUAAUGCUUAGGCUUGUUUUUCAAUGUUUUAUUAUUAGCAACAAUUUUUGUGCUUACCCAGUACAGUACAGUACAGUACCUAGCCUAGCCUAGCCUACAGCACUCAGUCUCCAAUCUGAAAUACGGCUGCUUUGGAUGUAGGGCAGUUUUUUGAUACAGUAUAAAUUUAAAAAUAAAAAAAAAGUGUGUCUUAAUAUAGUAUGUAAUUUAACUCUGAACUCAUUCAAUUGUAAUUUAUAUUAUGGAAAAAAUUUAUUCAGAUCUCGACUGAAUUGCACUUCGAUGCUUCUUCUGGAACAGAUUAGCAUCGAGGAUUAGGUUUAUACUGUAUUUUCUUAAAAUUCACUGCCUGUUGUUUUGUGGCACUGGUUUUUCCUAUAUCUCGCUGCUAACUAGCUAGUGCUCAGAAGCGACUACAUUCAAGUUAACCAUGUUCUUUUCUUUUAUUCGUGGACCAUAGUUUUGCUUCUUUGCUGUGUUUUCCUUUGGGGUUGUAUUAUCAGUCAUUUUUGUCAUCAAGGAUUGUAAUUAUCUCAUUCACAAUUUAUUUUCUGAGUUUUCAUAUACAGUUAACAAUCUAUUUAUAUCUCUGAGAAGUGUAAUUUAUUUGCUGCAUAACAUUUACUUACAUUCACCACUUCCCUCAUAUGUAGACACCCCACUUUCAGCCUCACUUGCAGUUCAGCAUACCUGCUCACUGCUGCCACCUUCUCUGUCCAUGUGCUCAACUCUCAGUGUACCUGAUGACCUGCAUACUUACUCAACUGCUGCUCUUCCAGUGGCACAGUAGACAUGUCACUGAUUAGAGGGUGGGGGUUGAGUAGGUGAUUCAUCAUUCUCAACUUCAUUUUAUUUCAUCCCCAUAAUGUAGACAGCUGCAUCUCAUGGUGAUGGCAAAAGUGCUCCUUUUCAUAAUCUGGAAGACUUAAGCGAUGCAAGCAUCAUGCUUUACUCAACAUAAUUUUUUAAAAUUUUCCAACUUGUAAACAUGUGAAUAUUAAGAAUUAGUUCCUAAAUUGUCUAGUCCCCAUGUUUACUACUGGAUCUAUCAGAGUAUUGGGAUAUUCAGCAUCCUGGCCUCACUAUAAUGACACCAAAUUUUUUUAAUACAAAAUUGGCUUCAAUUGAUAAUGAAAAAAAUUUUUUAUUACACAAAACAAGUACAGGCAGACCCCGGGUUACGACGGGCUUGGCCUAUGACGUUCCGACGUCAAGGCGCUUUUCAAUUAUAUUCAUCAGAAAUUAUUUCCAGGGUUACGACACAUGUUCCAGGGUUAUGACGCACGUUCCAGGGUUACGACACCUACAACGCUGAUCUGGCACAAGAAAUAUGACACCAAAAAUGCAAAAUAAUCAAUAUUUAAAGGUUUUUUUUUGAUGAAAAAUGCAGUAAGAAUGCAGUUUACAUAGUUUUGAAUGCACCCAAAGCAUUAAAAGCAUGGUUUUCUUAGGAUUUUUGAUGCUGUUCCAGCUUAUGACGAUUUUUAGCUUACAACGCAUCUCAAGAAUGGAACCCCUGUCGUAACCCGGGGACUGCCUGUACUAUUGGUCAUAAAAUGUGUGCCCUUCUCCUCACGCUGUGAAUCUCACUGCCUCACACAGGCUACAUAAAAAGUGAAGUUAUUGGCUCAGUCACACAUAAGAAAGCAUGCAAGUGAGAGACUGUUUUCCAAACAAGAGAUUGGUGACCUGGAAAUAUUGUGGAAUUACAAUACAGAAUUUGUUGAAUGGUUUUUUGUUUGAAAAUUUUUGUGCAAUACGUCAUAAAAGAAAAAUUGGUUAACAUUGUAGAUUACUAAUUGUUUCCAAGAUACCAUACGAGUUUUAAUUGUACAACUGAAAUUUAUGUGUGAUAGUUUAGGACUCUGUACAUAUUUUUUAUAUGUUUGCUUUAAUAUUUCCAAAAUAUUUUUUGUGUGUGCUUUUAUCCAGUGGUACUGGUUUUAUGAACUGUCAAAAUUUUGGUUAGAUGACUGUAGUUAGAUUAUAUAGGGCUGUUUUUUUUUCUUUGCACAUAUAUAUUAAUGAAAGAAUGUGAAUUCUG